UUAAGGAUGACCAAGGGGAACUUAACCAUCAUUACAGAAUUUAUUCUUCUGGGGUUUUCUCUAUCCCCAGCGCUGGAAGUCUCCCUCUUUGUGUUAUUCCUCGCCGUCUACGUUAUCACUCUGGUUGGAAAUAUUGCCGUGAUCACGCUGACCAGCCUGGAUGUCCACCUUCAAACGCCCAUGUAUUUCUUCCUCUGCAACCUGGCCGUCUUGAAUAUCUGCUGCACUUCGGCCGUAGUGCCCAAGAUGCUGGCUAACUUCUUGGCAACGAGGAAGUCCAUCUCCCCGGCCCUUUGCGUCGCUCAGAUGUACAUCAGCCUGUUCCUAGGGGCGGCGGAGUGCAUCUUCUUAGCCGUGAUGGCCAUUGACCGCUAUGUCGCCAUCUGCCACCCGCUGCGUUACGCCGUGCUCAUGAACAAGCGAGUGUGUGUUGGCAUGGCCGCCGGGUCAUGGAUCAUGACCUUUCUCGGCUCAGUGGUGCCUCUCUCCGCCUUGCAGCUCCCUCUCUGCGGCUUCAACGUCAUCGACCACUACUUCUGCGAAGUCCCGGCCAUGCUCCAGCUAGUGUGCGCCGACACUUCCGUAAGCGAGAGCGCCAUGUUCAUGGGGGGCAUUGCGACUGAAAUAUUCCCCUUUAUCCUAAUCCUGCUCUCCUAUAUACGCAUCAUGGUGGCCAUCUUGCGCAUCACCUCUGCCAAGGGCAGGCAGAAAGCCUUUUCCACCUGCUCGGCGCACCUGAUGGUGGUGACGAUUUUCUACACCACGGCCAUGCUCAUGUACAUGCGGUCCAAGGAGCAGCGCACUGCAGAGCAGGACAAGGUGAUCUCGGUCUUCUAUACCAUCAUAAACCCCAUGAUCAACCCAAUCAUAUAUAGCUUACGCAAUGCAGAGAUCAAGAGGGCUCUGACAAAACUCGUCGGGCGGACCAAAAUGGCCCAGGGGUAA